AUCCUUGGCACUAAAGGGCAAUAUUUCCCAUAAAUUUCCAACACAUGCCGCGUAUCUCUAAUGGAAUGCCAUUUUUACAAACAGCAGUUCUUUGUCCGGCUUGAGGUCGUGUGCGUCCGGUACGGGUAAAAUUAUCGACGCCAGACUUGAAAAUUGCUGUUGAUAAAUAGCUUUCGCUCCUUCUAUAACUCACCACACAAAACCAUGGAGCAACUUGUUCGCCGCUCCGGGAGACUCAACAAAGGGGUGAAUCGCCACAUUGAGGAGGAUGUGCCCAAAAGAAAGCCUGUCGACAUCUCUGAGACGGGCAAAACAAACGCUGAGGUCAACGUGCGGUGCUUGGUGUGUGGAACCAACGGAAGCCGCAACCCAGGGGAUGAGAAGGAGAAAAUGGCCCAGUGCCAACAAUGCCGUACAUGGCAGCAUGUUUUCUGUCUAUUUGGCCACCGUGCCUUGAGUAAACUACCAAAGCAUUACUUGUGUAAUGUGUGUAAGCCAGACUUUCCUAAGUAUAAAUCGCUUGUCUUCCAGAUCGACCCUAUCCCUUUCCAGAGGGAAGAAGAGAGGAAGCAGGCAGAGGCACAGGUGGAGAAGGACAAUGGCGAUGACAAUGAAGCAUACAAGGAAGAGGCCGAGGAAGACGAUGUGGAUGCUAGAGUUAAUGACCUAACUGAAGGUGAUGACUUAGCUGAAGCAGAGGGCGAGGUCAACGAAGCUUCUGAAGCUGAAGGCACGAGAAAACAUCAAAAGGCUGAAGCUCGCUCGACAAAACGUCAAAAAGUUGGUUCAGCUAAAGAUGGUUCCGUCGAGUCCGGCGCCCAGUCCGAUAUUUCAACCAAACCCAGUACUCCAGUUAAACCUCCCACCACUGACAAGUUUUCCUUUCUCAAAGACAAAACCAGAAGAGCGGUAGCCCAACAGUUUCUCAACAUCAUCCAAACCCAGAGCCCCGCUCAAAACUCUCCACAGGACGCUAUAGCCAUGGCAUUGGGAAUCGAACAGGAGGUCUUCAAGAAAGCCGACUCCUUCGACCAAGAUGAGUCGUACACCCACAAAUCGCGGUCGCUCUUUGCCAAUCUCAAGAAUCCCAAGCUCCGGUUGUUGCAGAAGGUGUUCGACGGGGAAUUGAGCGUGGAGAAGUUAGUGAGCUUGAAGCCAGACGAAAUGAGAAGUGAGGAAAUGGCGGAGUACGCUGAAAAGAUCAAACAGGAGGCCAUUGCACAGAGCGUAUUGAAGAGCGAUGAACCUACCACGCGCACCAAGCGCACCCACAAGGGCGAGGAAAUCAUCGAGGAAGAUACGGAUACGUCGUCGUUCGACCCGCAGUACCGCAAGGAAUCGGAGUCUCCCGUGGAACACGAGCGGACCCUGACGCCUGAAGUCGUCCAGAUCCACUACCAGCCCACUUCCAACGAUGACUUUGUUCCCGAGCCCCACCACAGCGACACCCCCGAUGAUUUCAUCGACCAAAGUGACAUGCUUCACCUUGACGGCUUAGAGUCCAUUCUUGAAGAAGGCCAGCCUGAUAGCUUAGACCUGAUUACCAAAGACGUCAACGCCAAGAAAACGUCAAAAAGAGUCCACUUUGCUCUUGAUGAAGAGUCUGACGACGACUACGAUCCGUUCUCCACGGUUCAGUUGACAUCGUCGCUUGCAGCGUUUUGGAAGGGUGGGCUCUCUUUCCCUGGGAUUGCCCAUGCCGACUGCCUGUCGGCGCUUUUGGGCAGCACUGUCUUCAUGCCGCUGGCCUCUGUGCUUAACGUGGCGGGGUACUUGCUACUGGCGUCGCACUACGAGAUCGAAGGGAGACUAGAUGCGGAUAAGGCCGAGAGCUAUUUGCAGAAAAUCCUCUCCACGCGUGACUUGUUUCUCGCAGAGCUCAGCCCAAAUCUGGCCAGCCAGCUGGACUACGACCAGCUCUGGGAGUACUUCCACUCGCGGCAGAAGUACGGUGUGAUCAACGCCAGACAGCCGUGGAUCAAGGACUCGUACAUUGUUCCAUUGAACCCAGGCGACGCGGCCCCUGUUUGGUUGCUGACUAUCAAGGCAGCGACUCCCGAUAUCCAUGUGGAGUCUUACGUGCAGAGCUCUAGGCGGCUAUACUGCAUCUUUGUCACCAAGAAGAACUACGUCCCCGAGUACGAAGAGUCUCCCGUGCCGAACUUGGAUGAUGUUUUGAGCAAGUUGAACUAGAUGACGAAACGAAACAAAACUUGUAUUAUAUAUUAAUGAAAAGCCACCUUUGUUUAU